AACUAAAACAGAAAACACGUGUAUGUUAGAUGUUUACAGCUGAGUCCAUCGUGUGUGUGUGUGUGUGUAUGUGUUGAGACUGAGGCCUGCUCGUCAUUGGUCAGCUCCUCACUUUGCAAACACCAAUCGGAUGAAGCGAAGUAGCAGACGAAGAGGGAAGUUGUUGAGUCUGAUCAGAGAACCUGCAGCUUCCCCUCCAGCAGGAAGCGUGUCUUCUCGAAGUGUUUGUUUUUGCUGCAGCUGCAUCUUCGGAGAGACCACAUUUCUCUGCAGGAUGGAGUCGUCUCUGGAGUUUUCCAACUCUCUGGGCAGUGUGUCGUCUCAGAGCCGCUGUCGGACUUUUAAGGUGCUGGUGAUCGGAGACUCCGGGGUGGGGAAGACCUGCCUCACACACCGGCUCUGCGCCGGGCAAUUCCCCAGCAGAGUGGAGGCCACCAUCGGGGUGGACUUCCGCGAGAGGCCGCUGGACGUCGAUGGAGAAAUAUUAAAGCUCCAGCUGUGGGACACAGCGGGACAGGAGCGUUUUCGUAAGUCCAUGGUGCAGCAUUACUAUCGAAACGUCCACGCCGUGCUCUUCAUUUAUGAUGUCACCUACCCCGCCAGUUUCAGUGGCCUGGUUUCCUGGAUAGAAGAGUGCAGGCAGAACUCAGUGGGACAGAAAAUCCCCAGGUUCCUGGUGGGCAACAAAAGCGACCUCCGUGACCCCAGAACGACUGAGGGCCAGGUGAGCCAGGCUCAGGCGUUGAGCUUCGCCAAGGCCCAUGGCAUGAUGUUCUUUGAGACGUCGGCCAAAAACCCGCCAAUCAAGCGUGUGAACGGACAGCGAGGCGACGGAGAGGUUUCAUAUCAGCAGGAUAAGGUGGAGGACAUCGUCAUCGCUGUCGGCGCCAAGCUGAAGCGACAGAAAAAACCUUUGGCAGCGAACACUGUGAUGUACAAUGGAUCCUUUAAAGUCCUGAGCAAGAAAAGAGCAGAUAAAGAGCAGUGGACCUGCUGCUGAGACACAGAGGGAGGAGAGACUGUUGGACUUAUUAGCUCUUUAUACAAGUGUGUGAGAGAAUAUAUGUAAACACUUUCAUUUCUCACCAAACACAACUUUAACAUAUAAAAUAUAGUGUCUUUUAGUCCCAUGCAGAACUUUACUAUUUAUAAAAAAAAGUGAAAUGUC